UGGGAGCCGCGUGUCCGCUGGCGGCCACCGUAGGGGCCGACUCCGCCGCUGCUUCCGCUGCCUCCGCAGAACAAGCCGCGUGCCAUGAAGCCAGGAUUCAGCCCCCGAGGAGGGGGUCGGGGUGGGUUUGGAGGGCGUGGAAGAGGUGGUGACCGAGGGGGACGAGGAGGCUUUGGGGGCCGAGGAGGUUUUGGGGGACGUGGCCGUGGCGGCUUCGGAGAUCGUGGUGGCCGAGGAGGUGGUCGAGGAAGCUUCCAAUCACCUGGUGGUCGGGGCAGGGGCACCCCCCGAGGACGAGGCCGGGGUGGUAGAGGAGGUUUCCAAGGAGGAAAGAAGGUCACUGUAGAGCCUCAUCGACAUGAGGGAGUUUUUAUUUGUCGAGGAAAGGAAGAUGCUCUGGUCACAAAAAACAUGGUGCCUGGAGAGUCGGUCUAUGGUGAGAAGAGAAUCACCGUGGAGGACGGCGAGGCGAAGUUGGAGUACCGUGCUUGGAACCCCUUCCGAUCAAAGCUGGCUGCGGCCAUCCUGGGCGGAGUAGAUCAGAUCCACAUCCGACCUGGGGCCAAAGUACUCUACUUGGGAGCCGCAUCAGGCACUACGGUCUCGCAUGUCUCAGACAUUGUGGGCCCUGAAGGUCUGGUCUAUGCUGUUGAGUUUUCUCAUCGAUCUGGCCGAGACCUCAUCAAUGUGGCCAAGAAGAGGACGAAUAUCAUUCCCGUCAUUGAGGAUGCGCGACACCCCCACAAAUACCGAAUGCUCAUUGGGAUGGUGGAUGUGAUUUUUGCUGAUGUGGCCCAGCCAGACCAGUCCCGAAUCGUGGCUCUCAAUGCACACAACUUCCUGCGCAAUGGUGGACACUUUGUGAUCUCCAUUAAGGCCAACUGCAUAGACUCCACAGCGACCCCCGAGGCUGUGUUUGCCUCCGAAGUCAAGAAAAUGCAGCAGGAAAAUAUGAAGCCCCAGGAACAGCUCACCUUGGAGCCCUAUGAGCGAGAUCACGCUGUGGUGGUGGGCGUGUACAGGCCGCCCCCCAAGCAGAAGGAAGUGGCUGCCAAGUAGCUGUGGCCUCUGCUGUCCCCGCCCCGUCCCCCUCCUUUUCUACUGUAGCUGUUUUGUGUCAGAUCUUUGUAUUUUCUAUUAAAAGGUGUGACCCCAUGUGA